CAAUCACAUCUGUCGCUGAUCUGGCUCCCAAUGGUUCUGAACGGCGCGGUGCUGCAUAACAUUUCGCGAUCGUUUGUUUCGUCGGUGCCCACUAUUCAGCCCUAUAGAAAGUGGAAACCGUCGGCAAACCUUGGAUUCUCAAAUUAUUGUGUUCCAGCGAAGGCAAUCUCUCCUCUCCGAGGGGUUUCGAUUGGAAUUCGAAGAGGGUUUUAAAAGAGGCAGCUUCUUGACUGUAAUUUUGGCAAUUAUCUAAAAAUCCCUAAGCUUCGUGGCAGCUGCCGUCGUCCGGAAGAUGUCCGUUCUGAAUUCGCUGUUCAACAGGGCUACACUUGGAACUAGAUGCAAGACUUGCUUGAAUUUGGCCAUCUCACGCAUAAAAUUACUGCAUAAUAAGAGAGAGUUGCAACUGAAGAAUAUGCGCAGAGAGAUCUUUCAGUAUCUUCAGACAGGCCAAGAAGCCAUUGCUCGAAUUCGGGUGGAGCAUGUCAUACGUGAACAGAAUAUAUUGGCUGCUUAUGAGAUUAUAGAGCUAUUUUGUGAAUUUGUUCUUGCCCGUGUUCCCAUUCUUGAAACCCAGAGGAAUUGCCCCUCAGAAUUGCAGGAGGCUGUUGCAAGUAUAAUCUUUGCUUCUCCAAGAUGUUCAGAUUUGCCAGAGUUGAUGCAGGUCCGGAAUUUAUUUGCUGCAAAAUAUGGGAAGGAGUUUGUCUCAGCUGCUUCUGAGCUGCGACCGGAUAGCAGCGUCAAUCGUACGAUCAUUGAGAAACUAUCAGUGAGAGCUCCACCUGCAGAUUUAAAGCUUAAGGUUUUGAAAGCUAUUGCUCAAGAGUACAAUCUGGAAUGGGACUCAUCAAACACUGAAGCGGAAUUUAGUAAAAAACAUGAAGACUUGCUGGAUGGAUCAAAUCCCUCAAACCUACGGGGACCUGUUGGUGAGAGUUCUGUGGAUAUGUUGCUACCCAAGAAUGGCCUUCCUGGUUCAGCCAUCAAAGAGAAUCAAAAAGAUCAAAUGCUUCAGGCUUCCAUCCCCUCAGUAAAUAACCCUUCAGCUCUCAUGAGUGGAAUCUCUUUGGAGGGCACCAAAAGGGUAGAACCACUCAGCGGUCAGAAAGGAGGAUCACCUAGUGAUGAGAAAGCAGGUACAAGCUGGACCUCGUCCGAUGUUUUGGAGAGAGCUCGAGCAGCCAUUGCUUCAGCCGAGCGCGCAUCUGCUGCUGCCCGUGCUGCUGCUGAGCUUGUAAAUGUUAAAUUGCAUCGCCAAGCUAGCAACACCAAAAGUUGAAAUCAGAUCGAUCUCUUUCACAAAUUUAAAAUUUGUUGAAGCUUCACAAAAGACGAAAGGAAAAUCUAUUCUGUAAUUAAUCAGGAGUGAUAUUUCAUGGAAACUUUAAGCGGCUGAACGUGCAUGAUGAGGUCUCAACUUUUUUUUUGUAAAAAAAAAAAUCUCUUUUUAUUACGAAA